AUGCACCUCCGCUCCCCGAACUUUUCUGAGAUCUCGAGAUGGCAGCGGCUGCAUCGAGAUACCGCGGAGGGCACUGGGAGAAAUGAACGCCGGACAGCAGACAACGAGGCGAUUGGCCUCAAGAGCCGGUAUGGGAUGCAAUUGGGGCUAGAGGCAACUGGAGCGCUGACGAACGAAGGUCAAUCAAUAUGUCGCUCAUGUAGAGACACCGUCGCCCGCACAUAUGCAUCCGCUGCCGCCGCCGCCGUCCAAACCGAGGACCAAGUCGCCCAACACAUUCCUCCCGUUGCCCAGGUAUCGCCGUCAACAUCCCACGCCGUCAACGCAGGUGUCGUCCUGUCCCGCCCCCCGCAAAUAACACGCGACCUCCACCCUUUCGAAGCGGCCUUUUUCCUGUACCAACGACGAUUGAACGAACGACUUGCGCUGCCCUUUACAAGAUACUUCUACGUAAAGAAGCGAACACCUGCAGACCUAGAAUGGAAACGGAAAAUGAAGCAACGGCUGACCCCCGCCCGCGACAUCGGACGAUACCAAGGCUACGGAGACGAAGCAUGGAAUGACGAGCUCCUCGUAGGAGCACAAGAGAGCGAAUUUGAACACCAGGUUGGCAAGCUGAUCGAGGACGCUGAGCAAUCUGGCCUGGAGGACGCAUCGGACACCACUGGCGCAAAGAAGAUGGAGCGCGAGCCCGUAGAGAAGCCAAUGCCGAGGAUAACAGAAGCGGAUCAGAAAAACGACACAAAGAGCUUGAAUCGCGCGCUUCAGAGAACGCUAUAUCUGCUUGUUAAGAAUAAGGAGGGGCAAUGGCAGUUCCCACAGGAUCGCUUGAAGGAGGAGAAUCUGCACGGCGCAGCGAGUCGUAUCAUCACACACACCGGUGGCAUCAACAUGAACACUUGGCUGGUCGGCCACGUGCCAAUUGGUCAUCACCAAGUGGACUACCGCGAACCCAAGCCCACGGGCGAUCUCAAGGAGUACGGCUCGAAGACCUUCUUCCUGAAGGCGCGCAUCAUGGCCGGCCAGGUCAACCUCAAGGAGAACAAGCUUGGUCUUCAAGACUUCAAGUGGCUAGCCAAGGACGAAUUGCAGAAGGAGGUAGACGGCAGCUACUGGCGGCAGAUCAAGAACAUGUUGGCAGAGCGAUGA